CUAUCUUCAUUUACUAGUAUUGAAUGCUGAAAUAGCUGAACCUAACGCGGAAAUGCACUUUGUGUUCUUUCUGUCCCGAUCGAUUUGAAGGCAUUGUUUUUUUGUUAAAAGACCUGUUAUAUCGUGGCUAGGUCGUGCUGUCGUGUCACGUCGAAAAUCAACAUUAUUCGAAAAUGAAGGCGGAUUCUGGAGUGAUGUCUUCCACGAGCAGGUCCGCUGCAUUUCCGCAACGGCAACCAGGUGUUGGUUCAAAUAAAAGGGGGAUCAGCAGCGGUGCCUCGUCAACAUCUGGCAUCACUCCCUUCAUGUCAUCACCGAUGGCCGCCACGGAUGAGGAUGGAGGCCUGUCGCGUCGUGGUCCCGAGGGUCUGCCUCCCCGGCGCCCUAGCAUCCGAGGUAGAAUAAACCUGCCACCUUCCGUCCGAAAUUUAUUGAAUUCGGGUGCUGGAGUUAACCACGCAAAGGCAAACGGAACAAAUAACGCACAGCCCCCCAAAGCGCGCGCUUUUAGCCUGGGUUAUACGAGCGGACACCAUGUUGAAAAGAAGAGCGCAACUACUUCAUCGGGUGCGAUAAACAUCUCUACGGCCGCUGCCACUGCCACAAAAACAACAAAGGCUCCACCCAGCAGUACAACAGCGACGAUCAAAAAGAACAACAACGAGCUGCACCAGAAACAUACAUCCCACCAGCACCACAAUAAGCACCAUCCCCAGAAGUCCGCGGGCCGAAGUUCGUCCGUGAUGAAAUUUUUCUGCAAGCUGAUCGCGUUGCAGUCACUGUCGGUCCCACUUGCUGCGUUGUCCGGGUUCGCGUUUCAUUUUUUCUACCUGGACUACCAGCUCGGGACGUACGUGCGCGACAUCGCGGAGGCCUUGAAAAAGACGGAAUAUUCACCCAUUUUAGACGAUCCGGAGCCGAACAGUACUCAAGUUCUGUUUUUCUUUUUGCUGUUCAAUAGAAAGUACUACAUUAUUUUUGCAACUACAACGAAUCCACACAGCGACCACGCGAACGAAAUAUUCAAAUCAGCCCCGCAGAGCGAGUUUGUGAAGUCGCUUCGCGCGUGCCGGGACCUGGGGCGGCGAAACAAUCUGGAUGUCGAGCACAUGCAGGAGGAUGUGAAGAUGCUGCUCACGGCACUGGGCGAGAUGCAGGCGAUCUUGCAGGAACGAUUUCCAGACCUGAUCUCCAACGACUCUGAGCUGUACGAGAAGCUUAUCAAACAAAAAAGUGUUAACGUUAACGGUCUUUAGAGAUUGCAGCUAUACAUGACAGAUUUUUUCUAGAAUGCAUGCUAUGCAAUACAAGUUUAGGCACCUUGACCUUGUUCUCUAUGCGUUCCUGCAACGUUAGCGCUUUUUCCUGUGAUAAAGCUGGCGAAUUUCGCGCAGAUCCAGAAUCGACGCGUGCGACAGCGGUCCAAAACACUCUUAUCCUCAGGGAGAUUAGGUCCUCGGGAAGAAGUUGUAGAAGAUCAUGACCAACAAAACGAAGCCGGAAAUAUUUCCGCGAGCGUUCGGCGCGACGUACUGGGAAACCUCCAAGGGGGCGCAGAAGAUUUAUCUGACGACGUAGAGGAGCUCAUUGUCGACUUAAACUUACCCCCGGAAGUGGAAUCGGAAGUUUUGUUCCACAGCAUUUCGGACCAACUGCAGCGCUCGGAUAUUUUGGAUGAUCAGACAAAUCAACAAGAAGCAACUGCGAGCGAGGACGAAGAUGAACAUGAUGAACAAGAAGCCGGCCAAGGUGCAACAUCGGCUGAAGGUGGUGGAGGUACUGCUGGGAACGACCGCGACGGGCGCCAGCAAAUAAUAAACUCGUCGAGUGAAAACAACAACAAUCAUUUUCUCGAGGCGGAAACAGGGUCGACACCUUCCGAGCCGACGUCCCAUCUCCCGGCGAGAAUGGGUGAAGCUGGAGGUGGUCGUCAUAACGGCAUGCGCCGUGCUAUGGAUGUGUCAGAGUUGAAAUCGACAAAGUUGAAAUAAUUUGUCAUGCAUAGAAUGGAUGCCAGUUGGAACCCAGUUUCCAAGUGGCGCAUGACAAAUUUCGGUGGUCCCUAAAUCCAGUUUGUCAUGCUGUUUAGGCAGAGAAGAGCGAUUUUCUCAUGCUACUUUGGCAGCUCGAGCUGUAACCCCAAACAGGCUGACAAUCGGCCUCAUUUGCCUGCUCUGCAACACACGUACCUCGGGUCAUGCAUUUUAUGCAUUACAAAGUAUUUCAACUUUGACGAUUUCAAACCUGACGCUUCCAUACGUGCGAGCUCUUUUCCGGCGGAUCUGCACCGAAGGGCAUAUCCUGAGUAAAAACGUGCCCACACCAGAGUCAGGAUGGAGGUUUUGCAACACAAACCUAGGAGUUUUGUGAGUCACGCAUGACAAGUUUCAGUCCGUAAGGUAGUGCAAGUGAGCAAGGAAAGCCGCAUCACAAAUCGACCUUCUGAUCCUGUUUACAGCAUUACAAGUUCCCAAACACGAUUGAAAAUGCCUGUCAUGGGGUUGCGCAUCACAAAUGUUCCUGUCAUGGCAAAUCUGCAUGGCAACUCUGGUGUGGGUACGUUUUUACUCAGGAUAGGGCAAGCCACGCCGUUAUAGGGGGAGCUUCUGGGGCAGCAGGAGGAGGAGGAGUUCCUGGGGUAGGACAGCUUCAGUCAUCUGAAACAGGUAGUAACACGCGGCGGUUCACCCCGCCAGCGUACGGAACAGUGCCACGGCCGGACUCUUUCCCGUUGCUCGGACGGAGUACUGCUGGAGGCCGCGUGGUGGAGGAUCAACACGUUCCUUUUGCCGGUACUACUCCUUCUAAUGAAACGCAAAUGUUGUUGUUGACCAAUGUCGUAAACAACGCAAAUCAUGGGCUGCAGUUCGACGGCAGAGCUGACGUCGGCAGUAGACCGCAGUGACACAAAAACUGUGAUUCACCUUCCGCAACGAGCUUGGCAGGAGGUCUAUGUAUCUCGCCCGCGACGUGAAGCAACAGAGCACGACGGUGCCCGGGCGGACACGUAUUGCGGAAAAAUACAACUGCGGAUGCAGCAGCCAGUCGAUGCGCUCCACCAGUGCUGUUGAUUUUCCUGUUUCCGUUGUGGCACUACUAAUUGCUGUGCCAUCAACACAGAAGUUGCAGAACGGGCGUGACCUUGUUGACCGGCUUCUCGUCGUUUCCCCCGCAUUAAGCAUUUAGAUAUAAACGAACUAUUUCUAUUGCUGUGAGCAUCAGGAUCUGUAGUGAAGGAAAUUGUCGUCGAAUAUUGCGAAUUUUGCGAGCAUUUUUUGAUUCCAAAAAUUGGUCAAGUGAUUAGUAUUGAGCUUUUGCAAUUUGUAAGUCUUCGACAGCACGACUUUUCAACUCUAUUAUUACUAAAUUACGUCGAGGACGUACGAAGCAGAACCAAAGCGAAAAGUUAAAGAAACGAAAAACUUUGCCAGCGACUGAAGAAAACAACUUAACAAAAAGGAUGUAGCUUCAGUCUGGUAUCAAUUAGUCCAAACACGACGACGAGGACGCAGCAAAGUAUUUCAAUUUCUGCAAAAGAUUUUCGAGAUGAUGAACUUCGUGCUGAUGCUGAUACGCAUAGAAAGAAAAGCGCUUUAUUGACCUCCACGUGUACUUUCGAAAUCGAUUUCUCAGACGUGAUUCAUUGAAAAAAAUUGACGAGACAAGUAUUGUUGAGAAGCCAAAAUGGAUCCGUGGUUCGCGAGCAAUUUUUUUCAAACGCAUGUAAAUCAAUUUCGAAAACAAGAUGAAAUCGAGAUCGAGUCAUACCAACAUGCGUUUGUAGGGCCGCACUAGCGUAGCGAGUCGUAAAAGGAAGGGUGUAUUUGCGUGUGUAUAAGAAAGCAAAUGCAAAAAGCGUAUCAAUGCAAUCGAUUUUUGGAAAAUGCCUAUGAACCAAAAUUUUUGAACCCGCAGUUCCUCAUACCUCAGAAAAGACUCAGCAUAAU